UUGAGUAAUGGGAGAUGGAAUGUUUAUGGGGCGAGUGUGUGUUGUGCAUUAAGUUUUAGUUUUUAUAUUUUUUCGCCUUUUAUAGUAAUCAUAAACUAAAAUUCCCAAUAAAAGACACUAAUACUAAAUAAAAAUGGCUAAAGUAAACGAUAGACCGCCGAAUCAUUCAACGUACAAACUGGUAAUAGUGGGUGGAGGUGGUGUUGGAAAAUCCGCGAUAACUUUACAAUUUAUACAGAGCUAUUUUGUAACGGACUACGACCCCACAAUAGAAGACUCCUAUACCAAGCAAUGUGUUAUAGAUGAUAUACCUGCAAAACUCGAUAUCUUGGAUACAGCAGGCCAAGAAGAAUUUAGUGCAAUGAGAGAACAAUACAUGAGAUCAGGCGAAGGGUUCUUACUAGUAUUUUCUGUGACUGAAAGGUCAAGCUUUGAAGAAGUUUUCAAGUUUCAUAAGCAAAUUUUACGAGUUAAGGACCGUGACGAAUUUCCUAUGCUUAUAAUAGGAAACAAGGUAGAUCUGGAGCAUCAAAGAGUGGUGUGGCAAGAAGAGGCGCAGGAAAUGGCCCGCACUCUAAAAAUCCCUUAUAUAGAAUGUAGUGCCAAAAUGCGCAUGAACGUAGAUAAUGCCUUUUACGAGCUGGUUAGAGUGGUAAGGAAGUUUCAACAAUCGGAACGACCGCUACUUAAAACCAACUAUAAACGAGAUAAAAAGAAGUGCUGUAUUUUAUAAUUUGGAAUUGUUUUGGGGGAGGGGGGGACACGGUACAUCACUAUAGGCUAAUAUUAUUAUGUUAUCGAUGCAGCUGCAAUACGGAUCACAAAAAAAGGUUUGGUUGACAUAUCUAUAUAAGAUGUCAUAUCACCUUUGUAAAUUUUGAAUUUAUUGAUGUUUAACUGGUAGUUUGAGGUAAUUUUAAGGAUAAAAUGUAUAUUUCUACAAUGUUGUGAUACCAUCAAAUGAAUUUUUUAUUAUUGAGGUUGUGAUGUGGCUUCUGUGAGAAUGUUUAAGGUCACUGAAUUGAAUGAAACUAAGCUACAUUUACAUAUGUGUUCAUUAUUCCAAAUAUUACAGAAAAUUUUUAAAUUAUAUAAAGUUAAAUAUCAAUCAUAUACAAUAUUGAAUUGGAAAUCCUUUAUUAUUAGCAAUUCUAUAGGGCAUCCAAUAUAUUGAAAUCAAUUGUUUUAAACUACCAUCACAUAUAUUCUGCAAAUGUAUAACAUUCGAUCCAGGCUUUUCAGCUAUUAAUAGAGUUUUUCUUAUUAAUUUAUAAGAAAACCUAAAACCCAAUAGCAGACAAAAUGAUCCCUGUAAGUUCAAAAUAUUAUUAUAAAGCUUAUGUUUAUAUUCCAAAAGCAUACAAAAAUUAUUUUAGAUUUAUCAGCUAUUGUACUCCCAGUAUAAUAUAUUUAAUUAGUAUUUUAAAUUUACAUAUUACUUGUUUUUAAUAAUAUUACAUAAGUCUACGGAAGGAACUUUUUACCCAACCUGGUGGGGCAAAAAAAAAGAAACAAAACAUAUAUACUCUUAUUACUCCAACCUUCCUCGAACUAUCUAUCUAUAAUCUACCUUGACGUUUGAAUGCAAUACUCGCAGAUGUAAGCGUCGCAAUCAUUGUCAUCUAUUCCCGCACAAGCGUCGUGUGCCCAAUGUAUGCAAAAAUCACACUGUACCAACAGAUUUUCGCUUGACAGUUCGUGAUUUGAGUGACUUGGGAAAAGGGCAAAUGUCCUUAGGAAAAUCAGAAAAGGAGGGAAAAGAUUCAGAGAUGACACCAGUGUCAAUAUCUCAAUAAAAAACAUCUGAAGAGGAGAUAAGAUUGUUGUCUGAACUGGUUCCUGGUAGGACUACAGGCUUUCAUAUGACUCUCGAAAUUUGAAAUACAACAGCUUCCUGGAUGAUUAGUCACCCAUUUUUCUAAUGCCUGAUCAUGGUAAGGGCUAAGGGGAUACAUAAAGGUUAGAUCCCAGGGCAGUUGUACAAAAUUACUUUGAACCUUAUUAAUGACGUCCAAGUUUUUGGUAUGGGAAAGAUGAUCAUUAAGAAUUCACAUCUUCUGGUGAUGGUUUAACAAAAGAUUUUCAAUCCGAUUUUUCCAUCCGGAAUUAUUGCAUUUAAAUGUUGUCCCUGGUGAUGCCCGUCCUUAAGCUCGUACCUUCGUUCUCUUUCUGGAAAAAAUUAGCACGUGUGAAACAAAUAAGCCUCCUGUCGACGUACAAAUUACUGCAGUAGUAGACACAUCCCGUUCGAUGAGAAUGCCAUUCGCAGCUGCAAGUUGGUAAGCAAGAUGUCGAGGCCAUCUUUGGUGGUAAGCCAAUAUAUUCGACCCUCCAUAAAAAAAAUAUAGCUCUUUGUAAACAUCUGAGAUUAAAGUAAAAGAGAGGUGUUACAGAAACACUUGUUUGAUUUUUCAUUGGUAUCUUUUAAUUUGUGUAUAUCACGUACAAAUAACCAUUUUUUAAAAAUCAAAUUAAGAAGAAAAUGAAAAAUAGGUAAUAUAGCGAAACUUUCCUAACUCGUCAAGGCUGAGAAAAGUCGAACUGUUGAAUAACAAAAAAGUAUGAAUUUUUACAUAAUAAAGAAAGUGUAUACUGGUAUCUUCCUAACUUCAGCAAAUUUGUCAAAUAUUGUAAGUAUAGCAGCAAAUGCUUUAGUGUCAUUUUAAUCUUUGUCCUCACCUAAAUCUAAAAAAAUCAUUUAUCUUUUUAUUUUAAUUUUGUAAGUGGCUUUUAACUAACGUAGAGGAACCGAAGACAAAACGGCAACUUUAACAGAAACUAAAGCUUUUUGAAAGAACCUGGUAAAAACUUACUUAAGAUUGACAAAAAUACAAAAGGAAAAAAACAAAUAACAAAAUGGAGGCCUAGAUCUAUACUCUCCAAAACAGAAAACAGUUGUAACCAGUUGUCCCCUUUCUGUUGAAGUAUAGGCCAACUUGUUUCUAUUCCUUUUUGCCUUUAAUUUUCGGCAAACUUUUAAGAACAGUGGUUACACGUGUUUUAUCCACAUCUUCAGGACUCUUUCGGGUGUAAGCUGCUAUUUAUCUAUAAGUUCCAUUAGCAGAGUAAACAGCUGCUUUAGUGCCGUUGGAUUGAAACUACUUGCCCUGGCUGCCUCUGGUUUCCGUCGACUUAAAUCAGGAUUUCUAAUCUACCAGCCAUUUUAGUUACAUCAGGAAUAUUAUGAGAAAUUUUAUUUGCUUUAACAAGAUUGUAAGAACCGUCUUUGAUUGUAACCAAAAAAGCGUAAUUCCAUUUUUUUUAACGUAAUAGGUAAGUUCGCUUCUUGCUCCUUAGUAAAUGUAGUUUCGAUUCUACCCAUUUUCUUUACAGUCGUGCUUUCAAGGUUCUGAUAUACACGUCGACUCUGUGCUUUAAGGUAGUAUUUCUUUAAACUGUCUGAUGCCCCAUGAGAUUAUAUACGACUUUAACAGAAUUUAUCAUUGAUUCUCUGAACUAGCUCGUAUAGUCGGUAAUCAUAUAAAAAACAAAAUUAUAUAAGUAGUGCCCUGAAAAAUUAAUUGUAAAAGGAUUCUUUUUCAAUGGUUAAGAUCAGUAGAGUUUUUCCUCUUUGCGUUUAGUCUGCAAAAUGUACACGAGCUUAAUUUGAAAAUCAGAAAAUGUAUGAAACGUUUUAUAAAAAAAAUAGGCGGAUCGCGCUUUUUAACUCAAUAAUAGUAAAGUUAUAACAAAUGUUACACUUUUGUACCUACAUUAAAUGCGGUAAUAUUCUUGUGGCAACCUCAAAGUUGUAGGGAAAAGUGGGGAAUUGUGAAACAGUCUUCAAUUGUGCACAAUAUCUCUAUUGAAAAAAGAAUUCGGAAGUUCCUAAAACUUUGAAGAUUACUAUGUGAAUAAAGUAUAAAAAGAAUAUAAAAUAUCUGGCGUUUACCGAUUCAUGAAAUAUUUUUUUCUUGAGAGUCUCGUGACUCGAGAAAUGUUUUGGGAUUUCGGAAAAUGCAAAUUUUUUUAAUGAAAAUAUUAUUAAAAAAUAAAAAAAAAUCUUUUACAGCUUAAUGUAAACAAACUGAUUGAUACAGGUAAAAUGUAAGCAGACUGCUGGAUACAAAGUAUUUGAUAUGAACGGCUGCAUUCAAUGCAUUUCGGUGGUAGUCCUUGCUUCUGAGACUGGCCUUUUUUCAACUCUCCCAGUUACGUUAAAAUGGCCGAUUUUAUUGGUCUGCGACCAAUGAUUGAACUUUUUCGCUCGCUCCUUUAUUUUCAGCGGACAACUCGUAUUGGUCGUCUGCUUCUUCAUGGCCAUCGUCAACUCGGUUUGAUUUUCGCCGCUGAGUUGAGAUGCAACGAAGUCUACAUGAGUGAAAGCAUUUAUUAAAGGGAAAGAUACCAGAUGCGUUGAAAUCCGUCUUGAGCCAUGUUCCUCAGCGUAACUGCAACCUUCAAACAAUUUUCGAGGAUCAGUAGAACAGGACCUUGAUGUAGGUCGAGAAUAACAUUUAUAUUGGCUCGUUUCCAAUCAUCUUGCUGCUCGGGAUACAUUAUUUUUAAUGAACCAAAAACGGUAAAGUCCAGUUGUAUCCUAUGCCUGCAAUGGGGCACAAAUGACAACAUUGUAAUAUCGUUUACAAUUGCGAUAUCAUUGACGUCAAUCGACAGAUGCCAUAUGUAGAAGUAGAAGCGUUGAUGAACCAGCAUGUGUACCUUAAUAUUUGAAGAAGUGUUCCAUGUACUGUACAAUCUAUGAAAUACGAGAUGAUCUUCCGUCAACUUUCCAUCUAAAAUGAAUUGUGUGUACGAAUGGCGAACCAACAAUUCCUUAUUUUGCCUUAAGCAUCGAAUGGCAACCACUUGCUUUCCGAUUAAAAGAGAUUCCUCCGCCCUUAAUGAGGAAUGGGCAUUUUUAUUUCCUAAUUUUACCGACUUAUAAUUUUAGAAAGGCAGUAUUUAUUAUGCAAGUAAACGAUUUUAAUUACGGUAGUUUCCGGUUUUGCACAAUAAAGCCAGACCGUUUAACAGUACUUUGAAUAUACAAUAUUUUGCUUGAAAUUCCAAUCGCUCCAUGAUAUAAAAUUACUAAUUAAAUAAGUACACUUAAUUUAAAACAACCUAAAAUCAAGACAAAUUUAUUUAACUAGACUCUAACCUUUUAUAAAUACUUUUAACUGAAUAGGAUUGUGGUGCCAAACCUCCUCCGUAAAAUGUUUUAUAAUGAUUCAGUGGCCUUAAUUUAAAUCUUACACGUACUGUUAUGACCCAUGAAAAAAAAACCUUAUGAUGUCAACUAUAGAGUGAGUAAAUUAUAAGAACACCUUUGAGGUUAUUUUUAUAAUGACUAUAUUUUUCUAGUAUAAUUUUUAUGUUCUGUAAAUAGAGCAUAUAAAAGAGGGACUCCUUAUGAUUGAAAAUUGCAUUUUAUUGUUGGUUAUGUAUGCUGCAUCCUGAGUACAAAAACAAGGUGCACUGCCAGUUUAAUUUCAUUUCUUUACUAAUGACUUAUUAAUUAUACUAAUUGACACUAAUGCAAUUUGUCAACACUGCUGAAAGCUUUAAUGUUGAGGCGCUUUAAUGUGAUUUUUAAUUAAAUUUAAUGCGACACAUUGUUUUUGAAAAUUGUUUGUUGUUAAUGUAAUGUGAUUUUUUAUGGAAUUUGUUGUGGCAUAUUUUUUAAAAAAUUAACUUUUUUUUGCUCAUACAAUAAAUCAGAAAACAUCUGGUGCUAUUUUUAUGUAGGCGUUAUUACAUUUUAUUUAUAUACAUUGUACAUUAUGUUCAACAUUAAAUGUUUUAUAUUAUUGUAAUAUUAUCUAAGAUAAUAAAUGUUUAAUGGUAAAUAACA